AGCGGGCGGAGCGCCGUGCGUGUGAGCUCCGUGCGUGUGAGCUCCGUGUCGGAUGUCCGAGGAGAGGAGUGACGCGUGUUUACAUCCACAUCGUCAUCCGCACUGAGGAGGAGGCGGCGGCGGAGGGAGAGGAACGUGUCCGCUCCCUGCGAGGCUCGGAUCGGGAUAGAAGCAGGAUCCGGCCCGCGGACCAUGCACCGGGAGAGAGGGAGAGAGAGAGGGAGGGAGAGGCAGCAGAGUCCUGAAAACAUGUCCUGAAAUCAUCAUCUUUCUCUGAGACUGUGCCCUCGAAUCAAUCCAGUCAUCUGUGCAAAGCUCGGACAAAGGCAGAGCUGCGUCGCCAUGGAUGGACAUUAAAUCAUCAUUAGCGCCCCGCAGUGGUGUGGAGGUAUGAGGGCCUCUGGAUGAAGGCCAUGGAGCUGAAAGUGUGGGUGGACGGAGUGCAGCGCAUCGUGUGCGGGGUCACGGAGUUCACCACAUGCCAGGAGGUGGUCAUCGCCCUGGCUCAAGCCAUCGGUCGCACUGGCAGAUACACUUUGAUCGAGAAAUGGCGGGAUACAGAGCGUCACCUGGCUCCAAAUGAAAACCCUGUGGUGUCCCUCAACAAGUGGGGUCAGUAUGCCAGCGACGUGCAGCUCAUCCUCCAGCGAACCGGCCCGUCCGUCAGCGAGCGGCCGGCCUCCGACGGGCAGGGUCGCGUCCCGGAGCGAGGCUUCUACCGGCAGAGCCUCCCGCCUCUGGCCAAGUUCCGGCCGUCGGGGUCGGACCACUCGAUAAAACGAAGGGAACCCAAACGCAAAUCCCUGACCUUCACUGGAGGGGCCAAGGGUCUGCGGGACAUAUUUGGGAGAAGCAGAGAUGCCGGAGCCAAACAGCCCCAGCAGCGCAGUGUGAGCCUGAGCCUGAGCAGAGUUGGAGGUGGUGGAGGAGCAUCUGUGCCUGGGAGUCCAGCCAGAGAGCUGAGCCGGCUGGUGCAGCUGCAGAGAGACAAACUCCAGGCCCUGGAGAGCCGUCUGCUGGGCUGCGAGGCCGAGCUGGGAGACUGGGAGGAGGCCGCCAGCGAGGCCAACCAACGACAAAAUCUGGAGGAGGAGCUUCUGCUUUUGGAGCAACAGGUGAGGAGGAACGAUGCCGAGAUGGAGGAGGAGGAAUUCUGGGAGAACGAGCUGCAGAUCGAGCAGGAGAGCGAGCGGCAACUCCGGCAGCAGCUGGGCGAGCUGCAGGGCCGCGUACGCGACUGCGAGGCCCAGCUUUCAGAUUAUAUAACACGCAUCCAGAGCAUGGACUCGGGCCUGGAGCAGGAGCGGCUGCAGCACGAGGCCGAGCUCAACCAGAAGGUCAACGAUGAGGAGGUGCGAUCUCAGCUGGAGAAGGUGAGGGCAGAGCUGGAGACGCAGAGCCAACAAACGGCGCGGCUGGAGAGCAGCUGCCGGGCGUUGGAACGCUCACUUGGCCAGUCGGGCAAGAGAAUACAGGAGAAAGAGCAGGAGCUGGAACAGCUGACUAAAGAGCUGCGACAGGUCAACCUGCAGCAGUUCAUUCAGCAGACGGGUUCCAAGGUCACUGUGCUGCCUGCUCAACCUGCAGGAGAGGACAACACCACCGAGCUGGAGUCCGGCUCCCUGAACAGACGCGGCUCGUCUCGUCUCUUACCCAGCGACCUCCGCACGCUGCAAAACACCCUCUCCACCAGCCUCAACCCCGAGGGGAUCUACGUGUGACCCAGGGGACCAUCAUAAUUCAGCCUGGUGUUACUGGACUGUUCUCUAACUGGGAGUGAACGCAUAAUCAGCUGAACUGCUCCUGACUAACGCACUGCAGCGAGCACAGCUCCAGGAGCAUCCUGUGGAGGAUCAGUGGGAUAUCGUGAAAGACAAGUCUGAUCUGUUUUGCAUCUUUUUUGCACUGCGUCUUCCUCCUCCAUCUUACACAGACACCACAACUGAUGUCAAACCCAUUUGCAAGCAAGCAUUUCAUCUGAGUGAGUGAAGACUCCUCUUAAAAGAAAACGACAAGCCAGCAGACAUUUUCUUGUCAGGUACGGAGGCUCGAGGCGGAUAAACCUUAUAUUUUUUAAUGUCCUCAAUCAUGAACUGGAACAGGAGUUUCAGGAUGCAAAGUGUGGACACAUGUAAACAUACACGCAUAGACAAAAAAGAAGGUAUAUGCAUGAGCAUGCACAAACUGUGACGUCACACCUGUGCUAUAAUUCAUAGCCAUAUCUGAUUGCCUUACUCUGGUGUGUUCAAACCAGACGUCAACAGGUCUUAUGUUUAAAAGAAACUCAAGGUAGCUACUGAAAACUAUGCGCCAUAUUGAUUUAGUAUUCAGGUGAUCCCUUGUCACGGAGACCGAUGUCAGUAUAACUCAACAAUGGCUUGAUCCUUUCAAUAACAUGAUUUUAUUUUUUGAAUUGAUUUAAACAAGCAAUUUACAUCCUGUUUCAAGUUGAGGGAUGGCACAGUGGGGUAGUGGUUUACACAGCCGUCUCACAGGUCUCCGGUUUGAAUCCCAGUUUAGCCAGGGUCCUUCUGUGUGGAGUUUGUGUCUGCGUGGGUUUUCUUUGACUUCCUCCCACAGCCCCAAGACAUGCAGGUUAAUGGAGAUUCUGAAUGAGCUGUAGUGAGUGUGGGUGGUUGUUGUCCCUGUACCUUGGCAACUAGCGUGCACCCCAGCUCCUGCCCGAUGUCAGCUGGGACUGGCUCCAGCCGCCCUACGACCAUCAAAGAAUAAGCUGUAUAGAUAAAGGAUGGACAAAUGGUUAGAUCUUCUGUUUCUGUGACAGAGAUUCUGUUGACAAAUAUUAACUCAUCCCAUAAAACUGGGACACAAAGUAAAAUCAGCAGCUACUGGAUAUUUUUUGUGAAACUGUGGCUAUUUCUCUUUAGCCUGAAAAAUGUUGCCAACAAUGACCUAAUACUCCGUUUGACCACUGGGUGGUGACAAAACAUAUACUAUUUAGCCAGCUGAAAGUUAACUCUGUGAAAGUUAGUCCUGCUCCCAGAUGAUGGCUUUUUUUCAAUUUUUUUCUGUCUUUGUUCGUUUUCAUAUUGUUUUGUGACGAAGCCUCAGCACUUUAGCUCCCAGCGUAUUUACCUGAGGUGCAACUUACGGUGUUGGACAAGACGUGUUUCACUGUGUUCGAGCAGGGACACACACACACACACA